UAAUUUAUGUAGACCUUAAUCACCCUAAAGAGUAGCCAAGUAGUUUUAAAGUAUAAUAGAUUCGUUUCGGUUUGCUAUGUUUACAUUCCCUAAUUUGGGUAUAUCUACUUUCACUUUAGUGUUAAACUUCAACUUGUGACAGCUUUUAUUUUUAACGCACAAUACCAGAGCUUUACUCAGAAUUAGAAUUUUGUAACAUUUGUUGUAAACACAGUAUAUUCAGAAUGCAGGUAAAUGUGUCACUGAUGACUGGAUUAAGACGAAUGUUUUACCUUCUAACACCCGAGGAGGCGUCUUUUGAAGAAACAAAAGAUGUUCCAAAAUACAUCAACGAAGCAUUUCCGUUUUUUGUUUUGUUUAUAGUAAUAGAGUCAGGAAUAUCUAUUUAUAAAAAAGAUAGAAAAUAUCGUCUUAAUGACAGUAUUACCUCCAUUAGUGCUGGUCUCAUGUCACGGUUACCAAUGAUCGUCGUACCGUCUAUAACAAUGGCAACGUAUGUAUGGAUAUAUAAUACUUUUAAUAUUAUAACUCUACCAUGGAAUUCUGCGUGGACAUGGUGGCUGUGUUUUCUAGGAGUUGAUCUGGGAUAUUAUUGGUUUCACAGAUUAGCUCACGAGGUAAAUUUUAUGUGGGCAGGUCACCAAGCUCACCACAGUAGUGAAGAUUAUAAUUUUUCAACAGCCUUACGCCAGUCGGUGCUUCAAAAUUAUACCUCAUGGGUAUUUUACCUUCCACUGGCUUUGUUUAUACCACCAUCUGUGUUCCUGGCACACAACGAAUUAAACAUACUCUAUCAAUUCUGGAUACAUACUCAGUAUAUAAAGUCUCUAGGACCACUAGAAUAUAUAUUAAAUACACCUAGUCAUCAUAGAGUGCAUCAUGGUAGAAACAGAUAUUGUAUUGAUAAAAACUAUGCAGGUACUUUAAUUAUCUGGGAUCGAAUAUUUGGAACUUUUGCUCCUGAAGAUGAGGAAGUGGUGUAUGGGUUGACGCAUCCCUUGGGUACGUUCGACGCUGCAGAGGUUCAGAUAGCCUAUCCUAGAUAUGUAAUAGAGAGACUGGGUGAUAUGACCAGUGUAGGUGAUAAAUUCAAGUGUAUAUUAUAUGGACCAGGCUGGUCACCGGGUAAACCACGUACCGGCGAGAUUGGGGACAUUCCAGAUGUAAAGGCACCAGCUAAACAAUAUGAUGUUUCUGUUGGUUUGUUUCUCAAUAUAUAUGUAUCAGUACAUUUUAUUCUCGUUUUAAUUGGUCAUCAAUUGUUAAUUGUAAAUGUUGCUGGUUUUAAUCAAAUGUCUGUGAUAUCAUUUUUGGUUUAUAUGGGAUUUUCCCUUACCAUAUUUGGGCAGUUGCUUGAUGGAAGCGAUAAAGGCUCUGUCUUGGAGUUGGUUCGGUGUUUGACUUUUGUGUUCGGUGAUAUUAUAUUGAGCAAAUAUGGAUUGUAUUCGAAUGGGGUUUUACUACAAAUUUUAAGAUUCUUAUUCAUUACCUCUGCUGGCCUGUGGUUUGUAAAAUGCAAGAAUAUGUUUUUAAGGAACAGAAAUAUGAAGAAAGUAGACUAAUCUUUUUGACGUAUUUGACAGUCCAUUCAGUAUUUUGGGUGUGGUUAGUUGAUUAUUCACUGUUAAAACAUUCAUAAGUUAUAUGUAUAUCUUCCUGUGAAUCAAUUCCUUAUUUUCGCAGUCGUAUAAUAAUCAUCGUCAUAGUCCAGGAGCCAAUGACAAAAUAAUAUGGUCAUCAGUUACAAAAGGUUUGCCCCCCCCCCCCCAAAAAAAAACAAAAACGUACGAGUAAAAAUCAGUUGAUCAGAUCAGGCACUGCAGCACCUUAAAAUUAGGUCAUAAGUAACAUGACUGAAACUUUCUAGGGACAAUGGUAUCCAUAGUCAUCAGUUACAUGGCUGAAACUUACCAGAAACCAAAGAUAAACACUUAGUAAAUACAAUUUUCAAAAAUGUAACCAAAAAUUUGGGGGCUUUCCCCAAGUCAGAUCGCUCAAAAGUAUGUCCGACCACACCCUAAAAAUGGGGCUUUUUAUAAUUAUGAUCAUCAGUUACAUGGCUGAAACUUACCAGAAACAAAGAUCCAUACUUGGAAAACAUAUUUUUCAAUAAUCUAACCAAAAAUGUUGGGGCUUUCCUCAAGUCAGAUCGUCCUAAAGCCCACCUGACCAUGCCCUAAAAAUGGGACUUUUUAUAUGGUCAUCAGUUACAUGGCUGAAACUUACCAGAAAUAUUGCUCCAUGCAUUUUAGCACCCCUGGGAGCUACUUUAAGGUGCUGCUGCGGCCAUACGCCCCAGUAGUGCCCGGUCUGACCAAUUGAUUUUUACUCGUACGGACACCUGCUACAAAUUUGGAGGGGUCAAACCUUUUGUAACUGAUGACCGUAUUAUUUUGUCAUUAGCUCCUGGACUAUUAGUCCCCCCCACACCGUUGAACUAUUUGGACGUCUUGUUGGAAAAUCAAUUAUAGAGACAGAGAGAGAGAAAUGGGGUUUAACGUCCACUCUACACAAACUAGGUCAUUUCGGGACUAACACAUGGUUUAAUUUUAAAUUUUAUUUCAAUAAUUCGCUUGCGCGUAGAGGUCUUUAGCAGUGGGAGGAAACCGGAGGACCAAGAGAAAACCCACGAGGUUGGACAAACGACCCUACUCCUUGUCACGUACAACGGGAAUCAAUUAUAGGGGGUUGGACUAUAUGGAUGCAAAAGGGCUCCGAGUCUAAUCAGUGUCCCACUUAACUAUUCUGUGUUUAGAUUAUACCGAUCAUGGAUUAAAAUAGAUUGGACACUAACAUUGUUUACAUGACCCAUUUUUAUUCGACAAUGCAAAAUGUAUAAUAUACGUAUAUAAACUAUUUAGGUAUUCUUAUAAAAAAUAUGAAGCUGUAUAUAAAAAUAUUUUAAUGAACAAAAUAAAUAUUGUGUUUAAAAAUAAAAUUGUUAUACUUG